UUUUCUAUAAGUAUUCAGAAAUUUAUUUUAAUUAAGUUGUCUUUAGCCCUUUGAUUUUUUUUGGCAUGCUUAUGAAUUUGCUUUUGUUUUUUUAAAGACCCCCGUAUAGAUUUGUAUAGAUUUGGUUGAAGUCACAGAUGCCAUAGUCUUCAUCUUUAUAAUGCAAGUUUUCUUUCCAGGUAGAAGGACAAGAAAAUAAUGAGCCAAUGCCAUAGAAACGCAAAGGGUUAAAGGUUUUUCUUUUACUUUUGUUUUGGGUACUCUUGGUAUACUUUGAACAAAUGUGGUUUUCUGCUCAAAAUACUUCAAAUUAUUGCAAGUUUUCAUUCCAAAUUCUAGAGUUUUGGAUUGUUACUUUUGAGAAAUUGUUUCUCACACUAGAGUCCCCUCAUAUCCUUAAAGCUUAGUAAAUGCACCUACUUUGCUCUAUGCAAAUUUGUAGUUAAAACGAAAGUUACGUACAAAGACUUUGGUGUCUGUAAUAGUUGGAGUCUGUCUUGCUAAUUGUAGUGUGCAAGGGGCAUAGUGAGCCUGGUGGAAGCUCUCCUCGGGUGCGUGAGUGAGUCCCACCCUCAAAACUAAGUGCCUGGUUUAAAAUAGAUCUGCUGCAGGUUCACAAGGUAGACUUUCAGCCUGCAUGAACUAAUAGGGAUAUUCUUUUCUUUACUUGCAUAAUUGUAAUUGAUUUAAACAUGUAUGUCAGAAUUCACAGGCCCAUACUAACUGUCCUUAAUUUCUUUCCUACAGCAGUACUGCUAUAUGCCAGUCCUGUCUGCAUUCUUAAGGGUGCAGUUCAACACAUCCUCUCUAGAUUAUGGUGAAAAAGUAUUCCAAAGGAAGUCUUAUCAGAGCUAGUGUCAGAAAGAAUGACACUACCAAUUGGGCAUGAUCGUCAGCAUAGGAGAUGUCUUAGAAUUUUAUUAUUUUGUCCUAAAUUUUAAUGCUAUACUACUUGUAUAGCUAAUUAUCACAUUUCUAAAGCAUAGUGUGCCUUUGUUGAUCUUGUUCUAUAAUGUUUGGGCUUCUUUAAGAUAGUUUGCAGUUUGAAAAGCAAAUACUGAAACUUUAAUCAAGAGACUGACACAUCUCUUUGUACACCACUUUUCUUUUGUGUGCAUUGUAAUAACUGGUAGAAAUAAUAUAUCUUAAGUAAUAUAUUUCCAGUUGUAAUUGUACUUUCUAAGAAAUAGAAUUAUAUUUUGGGUCAAGAAAGAAAUUUUAAAAAGCAUGAAGCCCUUUUUAGUAAUGUGACAUGAGAGUAAGAUUGUAGGUAUAUUAGAUUUUCUAAGUUACAACUGUUUAGAUCACUGUAUGAAGAACUUGUGUAGUCAGUUACUGUAGUCAGGAUUUUAACAGCUUGCAACAGGUAAUGUUUUGAAUAUAAAUAUCUUUCCAAAGUGUUACUAAUGGUAAAGAGAUAAUUUUCUAGGCUUCUAUUCUGCUGCUUGAAGUCAGAACUGCUGAUGGAGACAAAGGCACGAAAGUGAGGGAAGACCCCUGACCCUAAAAUGAAUGCCAGAACUUACAUGGAUGUUAUGCGGGAACAACAUCUGACUAAGGAGGAGAGAGAAAUUAGGCAACAACUAGCAGAAAAAGCUAAAGCUGGAGAACUAAAAGUCGUCAAUGGGGCAGCAGCAUCCCAGCCCCCCUCAAAACGAAAGCGGCGCUGGGAUCAAACCGCUGACCAGACUCCUGGCGCCACUCCCAAAAAGCUGUCCAGUUGGGAUCAGGCAGAGACCCCUGGGCACACCCCUUCUUUAAGAUGGGACGAGACACCAGGUCGUGCAAAAGGAAGUGAAACGCCUGGAGCAACCCCGGGUUCAAAAAUAUGGGAUCCUACACCUAGUCAUACACCUGCGGGAGCCGCUACUCCUGGACGAGGUGAUACGCCGGGCCAUGCAACCCCAGGCCAUGGCGGUGCAACUUCCAGCGCUCGUAAAAACAGAUGGGAUGAGACCCCCAAGACAGAAAGAGAUACUCCUGGGCAUGGAAGUGGAUGGGCUGAGACUCCUCGAACAGAUCGAGGUGGAGACUCUAUCGGGGAAACACCAACUCCUGGAGCAAGUAAAAGAAAGUCUCGUUGGGAUGAAACACCGGCUAGUCAGAUGGGGGGAAGCACUCCUGUUCUGACUCCAGGAAAAACCCCAAUCGGCACACCAGCCAUGAACAUGGCUACCCCCACUCCAGGUCACAUAAUGAGCAUGACUCCUGAACAGCUUCAGGCUUGGCGAUGGGAGAGAGAAAUUGAUGAGCGAAACCGCCCACUUUCUGAUGAAGAAUUAGAUGCUAUGUUCCCAGAAGGAUAUAAGGUCCUUCCCCCUCCAGCGGGUUAUGUUCCUAUUCGCACUCCAGCUCGGAAGCUGACAGCAACUCCCACACCUUUGGGCGGUAUGACUGGUUUCCAUAUGCAAACUGAAGAUAGAACGAUGAAAAGUGUUAAUGACCAGCCGUCUGGGAACCUGCCAUUUUUAAAACCUGAUGACAUUCAGUACUUUGAUAAACUAUUGGUUGAUGUUGAUGAAUCAACACUUAGUCCAGAAGAGCAAAAAGAGAGAAAAAUAAUGAAGUUGCUUUUAAAAAUUAAGAAUGGUACACCUCCAAUGAGAAAGGCUGCUUUACGUCAGAUUACUGAUAAAGCUCGAGAAUUUGGGGCUGGACCUUUGUUUAACCAGAUUCUUCCUCUGCUGAUGUCUCCUACACUUGAGGAUCAAGAGCGUCAUUUACUUGUGAAAGUUAUUGAUAGGAUAUUGUAUAAACUUGAUGACUUAGUACGGCCGUAUGUGCACAAGAUUCUUGUGGUCAUUGAGCCACUGCUGAUUGAUGAAGAUUACUAUGCCAGAGUGGAAGGCCGAGAGAUUAUUUCUAACUUGGCAAAGGCUGCUGGUCUGGCUACUAUGAUUUCCACCAUGAGACCUGAUAUAGAUAACAUGGAUGAGUAUGUCCGAAACACAACAGCUAGAGCUUUUGCUGUUGUAGCCUCUGCCCUGGGCAUUCCUUCUCUAUUGCCCUUCUUAAAAGCUGUGUGCAAAAGCAAGAAGUCUUGGCAAGCCAGGCACACUGGUAUUAAGAUUGUACAACAGAUAGCUAUUCUUAUGGGCUGUGCUAUCUUGCCACAUCUCAGAAGUUUAGUUGAAAUCAUUGAACACGGUCUUGUGGAUGAACAGCAGAAAGUUCGGACCAUCAGUGCUUUGGCUAUUGCUGCUUUGGCUGAAGCAGCGACUCCUUACGGUAUCGAAUCGUUUGACUCCGUGCUCAAGCCUCUAUGGAAGGGUAUCCGCCAACACAGAGGAAAGGGUUUGGCCGCUUUCUUAAAGGCUAUUGGGUAUCUUAUUCCUCUUAUGGAUGCAGAAUAUGCCAACUACUAUACCAGAGAAGUGAUGUUAAUCCUUAUUCGAGAAUUCCAGUCUCCAGAUGAAGAAAUGAAGAAAAUUGUAUUGAAGGUGGUGAAACAGUGUUGCGGAACAGAUGGUGUAGAAGCAAACUACAUUAAAACAGAGAUUCUUCCGCCUUUCUUUAAACACUUCUGGCAACACAGAAUGGCUCUGGAUAGAAGAAAUUACCGACAGUUAGUCGACACCACUGUGGAGUUGGCAAACAAAGUGGGAGCAGCAGAAAUUAUAUCUAGGAUUGUGGAUGAUCUGAAAGAUGAAGCUGAGCAAUACAGGAAAAUGGUGAUGGAGACAAUUGAGAAAAUUAUGGGCAACCUAGGUGCAGCAGACAUUGAUCAUAAACUGGAAGAACAACUGAUUGAUGGCAUUCUUUAUGCUUUCCAAGAACAGACUACAGAGGAUUCAGUAAUGUUGAAUGGCUUUGGCACAGUAGUUAAUGCUCUUGGCAAACGAGUCAAACCGUACUUGCCUCAGAUCUGUGGUACUGUUUUGUGGCGUUUAAAUAACAAAUCAGCAAAAGUUAGGCAACAAGCAGCUGACUUGAUUUCCAGAACUGCUGUUGUUAUGAAGACUUGUCAAGAGGAAAAACUGAUGGGGCACUUGGGUGUGGUGCUAUAUGAAUAUUUGGGUGAAGAAUACCCUGAAGUAUUGGGCAGCAUUCUUGGAGCACUGAAGGCCAUUGUAAAUGUAAUAGGUAUGCAUAAGAUGACACCACCAAUUAAAGAUCUCUUGCCUAGACUCACGCCCAUCUUAAAGAACAGGCAUGAAAAAGUACAAGAGAAUUGUAUCGACCUUGUUGGACGCAUUGCUGACAGGGGAGCUGAAUAUGUGUCUGCAAGAGAGUGGAUGAGGAUUUGCUUUGAGCUUUUAGAACUCUUAAAAGCUCACAAGAAAGCUAUUCGAAGAGCUACUGUCAACACUUUUGGUUAUAUUGCAAAGGCCAUUGGCCCUCACGAUGUACUGGCUACGCUUUUAAACAACCUCAAAGUUCAGGAAAGGCAGAACAGAGUGUGUACUACUGUAGCCAUUGCCAUUGUUGCGGAGACGUGCUCACCCUUCACAGUACUCCCUGCUUUAAUGAAUGAAUACAGAGUUCCUGAACUCAAUGUUCAAAAUGGAGUGUUAAAAUCACUCUCCUUCUUGUUUGAGUAUAUUGGUGAAAUGGGAAAAGACUACAUCUAUGCUGUAACGCCUUUACUUGAGGAUGCGUUAAUGGAUAGGGACCUCGUGCACAGACAGACAGCUAGUGCAGUGGUACAACACAUGUCUCUUGGUGUGUAUGGGUUUGGCUGUGAAGACUCUCUGAAUCACUUACUGAACUAUGUAUGGCCUAAUGUGUUUGAGACAUCUCCGCAUGUAAUCCAGGCAGUUAUGGGAGCUCUGGAGGGCCUGAGGGUGGCCAUUGGACCAUGCAGAAUGUUGCAGUACUGCUUACAGGGUCUCUUUCACCCAGCUCGGAAAGUCAGAGAUGUGUAUUGGAAAAUUUACAACUCCAUCUACAUUGGCUCCCAGGAUGCUCUCAUAGCACAUUACCCAAGAAUCUACAAUGACGAUAAGAACACCUAUAUUCGAUAUGAACUUGACUAUAUCUUGUAAUUUUAUUGUGUGUCUAAUACACAGCUGUUUCACACCUUAAACUUGCUUCGAUCUGAUGAUAUAAACUUGUAAACGUUGCAGAUCAGUGUAGAGCUGGUCAUAGGAGGGGGUAGAAAUCCAGUAGCAUGAUUUUUAAAUAACUUUUGUUUUUGACGUUAAACAGUAAACGCCAGUAGUGACCAAGGACACAGUGAUUACACACACUAUACUGGAGGGGUGUCAUUUUUUAUUCAUCUUUAUGAAGAUUUAGAAUUCAUUCCUUGUGUUUAAAGGGAAUGUUUAAUUGAGAAAUAAACAUUCGUGUACAAAAUGCUAA